AAAUUGAAAAUAUGACUGGAUGGUAACCCCUUUGCCAUUAAUACUAAUGUCAUGGAUGUCGAUAUGGUGGAUUAAUUAAGAUCCUGCCGUUGGAUUGGUUUCGAUGACUUGGUAGCUGUCACGCUGCCACGUCCAUGUUACGGAUCGGGAUACGAUGGGCGGUUUACAGGCCCGGAUCGGAAGCCAAGCGCUAUGAACGAUUCAUACACCGGACACGGCCCGUAGUACACGCUUCCGUGCCACAAGGACCCGGCUUCAUCUGAGGGUUCAUUGCAAGACGGUAUCACACCGAAUCCAAAUUCUCAUGUUACUGAUAAACGUACUUUGCGUACAGGUCAAACAACCAAAUAGUGGCCCCUAAACGACUAUAAGAGCUCAAUGUUCUUCCAGCAGUGGACCAACCACAAUUUAAGUCGUUCGCUUUCUAUUCAUUAGAUCACUAUGUCGGCCAUCUUUGCUUCUCUCCUGCUCGUCACGGCUGUCAAUGCCAAAGUGCUGCCUCGCGAGGAAGCACGCAAGUCCUCCAUGAGGGAUCCGGCGAGUUUCUUUUCAGCAACGUCGCUGCCCUUUGAGGACCCUGAAACCACCAUCUCCAACGACUUCCCAACUCCGACCACAAUCUUCGACCCUUCAACGACAACUAUGUUUCCAAACUUCACAUUCACCGAGUUUCCAUCAGUAUCCUUCUCCUCGCCAGAUUUCUCCGGCACCUUUUUCAUCCCCAUUCCCAGUCAGGCCGAUUAUCUGAGUGUUACGGUUCCCGCGUGUACCCAAGCUGACGGCGAGGUCGUCGACUCGAUCGUCGUCAUUGGCGUCCCCACCGGCACGUUCUCACCUGGCAUCACCAAGACGAUCGUUGUACCGCCACAGGCUAAUCCCACCACGGCGACCUUCUACGACUACCCUCCAAACAACGACACAGAAGUCGUAAUCGUCGAACCCCUCCCCGGCAAUUGCGGUCCAUUCAUCACACCCACAAAUGCCUUCGCCCCCACCGGAACCGAAAGCUCCGCGGAGCCCUCCAACACCGCGGCAGCCUGCCCCACGAAAGGCUGCAGCGGGGCCGUCCUGCGCGCCGCUGAGACAGUCAUCAACGCUAUCAACGACGUCACGCAAAUCUCGUUUGCCCUGCAAACCGGCGCGCGCAAAAUCGGUGCAGGCAUCUUCGGCCGCGACGACGUCAGCGUCAACGCGGACGUGGAUCUCUUCAGCAACCCCAUCACGGACGUGGCUCUGGGCCUGACUAGAAUCACAACGACCGUGCAGACCGCGCUGCCUACUUUCAUCACCUUCCCCCCCUUCCCGCCCUCUUGCUCCUCGGAUACCAUUGUCCUCGCCUGGCUUGAGUUCGUCCGCGUACACCAGGAGCUGCUCGCCAUCCUAAUCGGGCGCUCGGGUCUGCUUGAGACGGGUCCUCUCAAGCGCUCCUCUGUUGUGAAUCAUGCGGAUGGGACGCCUAUUACGCGCGGGGAGCAGGGGUUUGUUGGACGCCCGAUUGCAGUGGCGUUGAGGGGGAUUGAGGGCGUUGUGGAUACGCUGGCUGUUGGGAUUGCGGAUUUGGUGCCAGGGAAGAGCGAGUGCUCGGAGAAGAAGAGUGCGGAGCUGAAGGAGAAGAUUAAGAAGGCACAGAUGAGUUAUGAGGGGUAGCAAGGGUGUUGUGUAGAGGGUGAUUGUGAGAGAAGAAGUUGCUUUUCUUGACGCUCCUUUGUCGAUGUUUUCAAGGGGAUGAAAUUUGUUGCAGCUUGA